AUGCAAUCGUCAAUUCAAAAAGAUAAAAAAACUCAAACACUAAAUAUAAAGCAUGAAUCGGAAGUUACAUCACUUUUUUCAACAUUUAGUAACGAUUCUAGAAAAUUAUCACGACAACGACGAAGACAAUCAAAAUUAGAAAAAGAUCAACAAGAACAACAUAACGAUCAUUUAGAAGCCUCUUACAUUGCCACCAGCCUCGAUGGAAAUUUUGUUGCUACUUUUAAUUCUGAAACAUAUGAAUUAGUGUAUUACAAAACCGAAAACCUUCAAAACCCAAUUCUUGUCAAAAAUCAAAUUCGAAAAGACAUCAAUUCACCAACCAUACCGCCUAAUUUAUGGUGGUCUUUAACAAUCUCAAAUGGUAUAAUUCCAAAUAAAAGCAAAAGUAAAAACAACGAUGACAACGACUCUGAAAUCGUUGACAUAUUAAUCGCAGUAUCAUGUUUCGAAAGUAAAGAAAUGAUGUCCUCACCACUAUUGUCAUCGCUACAAACAUUAUCUUCAUCUAAAUCACAGAUAAAGGUGCAUAAAUCUUCGUCACCAACACCAUCUUUUUCACCCGAAUCAGUAAAUGACGUAAAUAAAUUGGAAAAUGGUGAUUUUGGAAUCGUGAUUGAACCAAAAACUUGGGUAUAUUCAACUACUCAAGACAAAAGAAUCAUUACUGAUAUCGAUACUAUUGGUGGAGUGGUAAGAUUUUUAGAUAAUAGUGUUACACAAUACACAGUUCACUCUGACGAGGAUGAAGAUUCCAAUUACAAGUUGGAGUUGGUAUUAGUGAACUCUUUGGGAAUUUGUAAAUCUAAUAUUUAUCCAAAAUCAAAUUAUGUAAUUCCGAAAUCAAUCUUUAAUUUCUACGGCGACACCUAUGAAGAAUCAGUAAAAGAAUUCCUAUUUCCACCAGCUACCUAUCUUAAAAUCAAAAAUUUAUUUCAGGGUAAUCCAUGCACAAGACAUUUGGAAAGUUGCAUCGAAAAAAAUUAUUUUUUUUCGGAGGAUUUUAGAGCUGAAAAAAUUGAUAUUUAUAAUUUGAAAACUGGUGAUCUGGAGCUUUCUUUAUUUAAAAAUGCUACCUCAUCAUCAUUAGCAUCCCUGCCAUCAAUGACGAUGAUACCCAAUUAUUUAACCGGGAAUGAAUCAAAUUUUGCCAUUUCCAAAUAUGAAAGUAUGGUCGCAUAUUGUGGUAGUACAAACAUCAUUACUUUAUAUUUGAUGGAAAAUGGCCUAGAAAUCAUAACAAAACACUUUCCUCAAAUUUCUAGAAUAUUGUCUUUAACUUUUAUCAAUGAAGACACGAAAUUAUUUAUUGUGGCUCAAGAAGAUUUUUGUGGAGAUGAUUAUUUAGAAAAAUCAAAAACCAUUACUUCAAUUAUAAUUUGGGAUAUUUUUAAUUCUAAUAAUAGUGGUAACUUGUGUCAAAAACUUGAUAUUACUUCAGAUCCUAACUUUUUAAUCUAUGCUGAUGAUAAAAACUUUUUCACAUCAAGUUCUGGUAAAAUUUAUUCCAUAAAUGCGAAUGGCAAAGCGUUCUCCUUAUUAGACCAUCCUGAUAUUUCUGAUUAUCACGAAAUUUACAAGUUGGAUGGUAGUUUGAUCGGUUUAAAAGAUUGUCAAGACAAGUUGAUUGUCAAUAAUGUUGAACCCUGGAUAAAUUAUAAAAAAUACCAUAGGAUUUCGGUGUUUUUAAAUGAUGACAAAACAACUCAACUCAUUAUUGGAUCGACCACAGUUCAGAUCUGGCAAAAAAAGAUUACAAAGGAAAACCAUACCGUGAAAAGAAUUCUUAAAUAUAUCUGGUCAAAUCCUUCACAUAAAGAGUUCGUUGUAGAAUCAAUCGUAGUUGGAAAAAACAAGUUCCAUUUGAAAUUAUUAGAAUAUUCACACUUCUCAUCAGAUAAUUCUGAUCCAAUUGAUAUUCAUAUCCAUUAUCCAAAAAGCGUUAAUACAAUAAAAGAUGCGUGUGGAACACUUGAAUAUCUCUCUAAUCGUAAGAUUGAAUGUAUUGGUCCAAAAAAUAAUCGAAAAUUUGAGUAUUUAUUAUAUCAUACUGAGAAAUUAGUCUUUAGAAGUUUUGUAAAGUCUCCAAGUCUCUGGAGAUUAAACGAUGUUCGUUAUGAUAUUAUGGCAAAUUUGAUCAGAAGUAAUAGCACCUCACUGAUUAAAAAAAUCUUGUUUAAAGACAAUGGUGAGAUAUUGGGAGACAAAAAGAAGCAAAAAGCCUUAGAAAAUAAUGAUCAACAUUUACAUAUUCCACGUUUAUACGGGUGGCCAAAGGUAAAAAAAUUAACUGAUUUAGAAGUUGCAAUCGAAUGCGCAUGCACUAAAGGAAAGAAUCAUAGACAUACAAUUAUAAUAGAAUUUUUACUGGAAUAUUAUUCUAAUCAUGCAUUGGUAAAUGUAGGGUGGAUGUUUACAGUAAGUCAAGCGAUUCCAUUAUUAUUAUCUAAAAAAAAUCUAGAAAUGUACUUAAAAGAAUUAUUUUAUAAACCAUGUUUUGGAACAAAAGAAGUUUUGAUUUACCAAUGCUUUGUUGAUUCACAUGAAUUGAGGAAAAGUGAACGUGAAGGUAUUUAUCCUUUAAGUGCAAGACCAAGACUAAUACAAAAACUUCCUACAAAUCCUUCCUUAAUGAAAAGAAUCAGUGAUUUUUCAUUUAAAAGAAAUUAUGAAAUAAAGAACUAUAUGGAAGAUGACAAUGAAUUGGGUCAAUUGACAAGUGUUUUUGUAGUCCCGUUACCAGAUUUUCUUCUAUACCCAAAUGGUAUAAAAGAUAAAAAACUAAAGUCAAACAAAUUGCUAUUAAAAUUAUUAAGACUAAUAAUUUGGCCGCGUCAGUAUAUUAUUUCGAAGGAGGAAGAUCGUAGUGCAUUUUUGCGAGUAAUUAGACAUAAAAGAAAUGAAUUGAUUUAUGAUAAUCCAUCAUUGGAAGCAUGUAUUAAAUACAAAUAUCCUUCGGCAAAAUUGUUUUAUGCUAGACAAUUAAUGCUUUACAUAGCUUUUUCGGUUGCAAUAGGACUUCAUCUUAGUGUGAACACCUUCUCUAAUAAUGGAUUUCCAAUUCCUGAUGAUGCAACAGAAUAUGCAAAAAGUUAUCACAACCCAAUAAAAAGCACCUGCAUGUUUCUGAUAGUGGUUUAUUUGAGUUAUUAUUUGUUAGCUAUGGAGUUCAUACAAUUCAAACAAGAGAAACUUCGCAAAUAUGUGAAUUUCCAUAAUAUUACAGAUCUUUUAGCAGUAAUAUUUCCAUUCGCUGUUUCAAUGGCACAUUAUGCCUUUACUAUAUUUUCAUAUCUGGAAUCAAUAAAGUUUAUAAAUCGAGGAAAUUCUAAUUCAAAUGAUCUAAAAAAUUUUCUAGAAGCAAAAUUUGAUUUAAUUCGAGUAAACAAAUAUAUUGUAAUUGGCGAUUCUUUUGUUGUGUUGAUUUUAUGGCUGCAAUCUCUACUAUUGUUACGGGUUUUUUCACGUCCUGCAUAUUUCAUCCGCCUUAUCAUUGAUAUAAUAAAAAGCAUUUGGCCAUUUUUAACUUUUAUGGUUAUUGUUGUUUUGGGAUUUGGUCACGCAAUGUACAUAUUAUUAAAUGAUCCAGCUAGUAUUGGAAUAUACCCAGCUACCACAACAUAUGUAGUAGAUAACACAUCAACCUUUCCCAAUCCUUACAAUGACAUAAUAAUUCAACCAGAUUUUGAUCCAAAAAGUGUAUCGGAUAAUUCUUUUGUUGAUUUUAGGAAAUCGGUUGAAUCUGUUUAUUUUUGGCCGUUGGGUAGAUGGGAUCAAGUUGAUCAAUGGGAUUUUUGGCCAGUUGAGCUGUUGAGCAUAUUGGCAAGUAUAUUACUUGUGACUAUAAUGCAAAAUUUAUUGAUAGCAUUUAUGGCUGGCAUAUUUGAAGAAGCAAGUCAUAGUGUGAAACAAAAAACCUUGAAAAUUCAAGCAGAUCUACUGGCAGAUCAUGAAAUAUUGGAGAAGCCAUAUGGUAAUUCUAAAGGAAAUCCACGAUUUAUUUAUUAUGUUGGAAAAGUUAAUGAAUUGGAGAAUUGGUUAAUGAAAACUCAAAAGUUUCUCAACAAUCGAUUCAAACCAUGGGCGGUCAAGUCUGGAGAGGAUACUUCUUUGAGCUUGUAUGACUUUGAUUCAUCGACAUCCUUGAAUAUAGAAAAAAGUUUAAGUAAACUACAAAAUGAAAUGAAAAAUUUGGAUUCUAAUGUUACAAAUAGAAUUGACACGAUUGAAAACAAUAUUAAAGAAAUUUUAAAAUUAAUUAAAUCUCAACAAGCAUAA